AUGUUCCUAUUACAUUUUUUAUAUCUUCUGACAUUUUCAUUUAUAUUUUGUCGUAGUGAAAUUUGUACUCAAGACAAUUGUCAAUUACCAAGCUGUCAAUGUUCGAUAAGUAAUGAUAAUCCAACAUCAUUAGAUAUCAUUGAUUUACCUCAAUUUAUUUUAUUAACUUUUGUUGGUAGUUUAAAUAAAGAUACACUUGAUUCAAUUCAAUCAAUUUUAAAAUCAUCUCAUCGAAAUCCAAAUAAAUGUCCGAUUACAUCAACAUUUUUUAUUCAUAAUAUUUAUACGGAAUAUUGUUUAGUUCAGCAUUUAUUUGAUAAUCAAAAUGAAAUAGCAAUAACUAUUUCAGAUAAGAAAUGUUCAUUAACUAAAUGUUAUAAUGAAAGUCAUUGGACUAAUGAUGAUUGGUAUGAAGAAAUCAAACAACAACGUACAAAUAUAGUUGAACAUACUCAAAUUCAUCAAUCACAUAUAAAAGGUUUUCAUGCACCACAUAUAAAAAUUGAUCAAAAUAAAUAUUUCGAAUUUUUACAUCAAUUUCAUUUUCAUUAUGAUUCAUCGAUGUUAUUUAAAUCAUCGAGUUUAAUGUAUCCAUUUACACUUGAUUAUUUAUUUGAUCAAACUGAUUGUAUUAAUUGUCAACAAUGGACAAAACCAUUUGAAGCAUUUUGGCAAUUUCCAUUACAUGAAUGGACUUAUCCAAAUGCUACUAUAUCUUGUCGUACUUUUUUUGAUUCAUCAUGUUUACCUAUCAAUCAAUCACAUACAGUUGAUCUUUUAUUUGAUUUUAUUAUGCAUAAUUUUGAACGUCAUUCAUCAAUAUUCGUUGGUUAUCGAUCACCAUUCAUUAUUCAACUUGAUCUUUCUUGGCUUUCUCAACAUAAAAAUCUACAUCUUCAAGCAUUGAUUCGUUUUAUUAAAUAUAUUUUAAAUAGUUCAAAUCAUCGAUAUGUUUAUUUUGUUUCAAUUGAAAAAGUACUUGAAUGGUUUAAAUAUCCACGUUCAUUAGAUGAACUUCAUGAUUUUUGGGCAUUUAGUUGUAAUGAUAAAAUCUAUGAAAAUGAUAUAGAUUGUUUCGAUAAAGAAUUAAAUGAAAAUGAACAAGACAAUAUAUUCAAUAGAGAAAAUAUUAAAUUAUUAAAAUCUAACAAUAGAACAAAUGGAAGUCAUUCGGAAAAUGUUAAUCAUCAAACAGAAAGACUUUUUCCUAAUGCAAAAGAUGGAAAAUCAGUUGAUAUCUUAUCCACAAUGAAUCGCAGAACUGUUCACUUACUCGAUUUAUCUGAUGAAAUAUUACUUAUUAUUUUGAAAAAACUUGGUUCCAUGGACGUCCUUUAUUCAUUGUUAGGUGUUAAUAGACGACUUGAUCAAAUGGCAAGAAGUUUUGACAAAAUUAAGUUUAUGAAAUUAUCGUUUAUAUCAAAUGGUCAAUUCUCUUCAAUUAAUGAUGUUAAACUUAAUCGAUUCUGUUAUGAAAUAUUACCUCAAAUAAAUCAUAAGAUUGUUGGACUUAGUCUUGCAUUACAUUCUAUGGAACGUAUUCUUCUUGCUUGUCGAUAUCCUCAUCUUACGAUAAUUGUUAUUACAAUUUAUCCACCGAACAGACUUGUACGUUAUUUAACAGAAGGAUCACCGAUUGCCCGUUUGUUUCGAGAGCAGAUCAGAAGCAUUACUGUUAUGACUACAAAUGAAGUGUUUACCAAUGAAUCAUUUACAGAUACAUGUGAAUGUAUUCUUGCCAUCUGUAUAAAUUUAUUUCGUUUGAAUAUGAAUCGAUGGAUAAAAGGUGAUAGUGCCCAACUUUCACUUCGUCAUCGAUCUCCGAAUAUUUGUUGUUCUUCAUAUUUGCACACUCUCUCGAUUAAUGUGAAGACUUUUGAUGAUUGUCUUUGUUUACUUGAUGGUCGUCUGUAUCAAUUAUCUUCAUUUGCUGUAAAUAUUAAUUCUAUCAAAAGAUCACCAAUAAUUACUGAUAGUCAAAAAGUUUUAUCUAAUCUGAAAGAAUUCUCUUUGACUAGUAUUAUGCAUACAAAUGCUUAUGAUUGUCGAAUAUUGUUACUACUUCGUCGAAUGCCAAAUUUGAAUAAACUUACUUUAUGUCUUAAUAUAAUGCGAUUAAUAGUUAUCGAUGGUAUUCAUCUUGAUGAAGAAAUUCUUAGUCAUAUGUUAUAUUUAAAUACAUUCAUAUUUCAUAUUUGUACAAUUAUGUCGACUUCAGAAACAAAUUAUUUCUUAUCAAUUAAUGAUAUUAAAAAUACAUUUCAUAAUUGGAAAUAUUCUCCAGUUAAUUGUUGUAUUGAUCAUUUCUCAAAUGGAUUUACUUAUUAUAAUAUUUAUUCAAUACCAUUUAAAAUGACUCGUUUCAUGCAUCUUACUAAUAGUUUUCGUGGUUAUCAUUUUCAAUUUAUUACCUAUUUAACAUUGUAUGAUACACGUCCAUUUGAAUAUGACUUUUUUGAAUGGAUAUCUCAAUCUUUUCCAUUACUUGAAUAUUUGUUAGUCCACAAUUCCGUACCACAAGAAAAUAAAGGUCAAAUUGAAUCAAUUAAUAAAAAAAAACCGUCUUCAAACAUUUCAUAUUUAUAUCUAACUCAACUUCGUCUCAGUUAUGCACACAUUGAUUAUGUUGAUCAAUUUCUAUGUCAUACAAAUACAUAUAUUCCACGUCUUAAAUCACUUGGAAUACAAUAUGAAAAAUUAGUUACUGUUACGAAUAAUUUUACAAAUGAUGCAACACGACUCAAUUGUAGUCAACUCAAACAAAUAAUAUUUGAUGAAUUACUUGUCUAUCCAAAACAUUUUUAUCUCUAUUUUCCUUCUUUGAUAAAAUAA